AUGGGUUCUAUCCAGUCUGACCUACCUACAAAAGUCAAUGGAGCUCCGAAUGGUCUGCCAGGGCCAGACCUUCGCUCCAAUGGGACUUCCCAGUCCAGUGAGGUACCUCUAACAUCAAACGGCUGUUCAGACCUUGAGGGGAAUGGAUCUGCAAACGAUUUCCCCAUCGCGAUAUGUGGUAUGUCUGUUCGCCUCCCUGGCGGAUUAGCAAGCCCACAGGAGUUCUGGGACUUCCUUGUGGCCAAAGGGGACGCAAGAGGCCGCGUCCCAAAGUCCCGUUACAACAUCUCUGCGUACCACUCCACCUCUGGACGUCCGGGAACCAUUGCAACUGAAUAUGGGUAUUUCCUUGAUGAAAGUGUCAACUUCGGUAGCUUGGACGCUUCUCGCUUCUCCCUCAGUCGUGCUGAGCUUGAGUUCGCCGACCCCCAACAGCGUCUCAUGCUAGAAGUCGUCCGAGAAGCCCUCGAUGACGCCGGUGAAAUAGGUUUCAGGGGCAGCGUGACAGGAUGCUAUAUGGGAAGCUAUGGCGAGGACUGGCUUGAAAUGCAAAACAGAGACCACCAACAGACUGGAGUCAAUCGCGUCGAUGGCUACAGUGACUUCAUGCUUUCUAGCCGCAUAUCGUACGAGAUGGAUCUUAAGGGACCAACUAUGACCGUUCGCACUGCUUGCUCUGCGGCACUCAUUUGCUUGCACGAGGCCGUUUCCGCCAUCCAACGGGGCGACUGUCAGGCGGCGGUUGUAGGGGGUGCGAACUUAAUAAUGGCCCCUGGGAUGACAGCAUUCAUGACCGAAAAGGGUGUUUUAUCUGCGGACGGUUCCUGCAAGACUUUUUCUGCAGAUGCCAAUGGCUACGCCAGAGGUGAAGCUGUUACCGCUGUAUACAUCAAGCCACUUGUGGUUGCUCUUCGAGACGGAAACCCUGUCCGCGCGGUCAUCAGAUCCACUGCCUCGAACGGUGAUGGUAGAACACAAGGCAUUGCGCAGCCAAGCACAGAAAGUCAAGAAGUUCUGAUUAGAAAAGCCUAUGAGAAAGCCGGAAUUACCGACUUUUCCAAGACUGCUUUCGUGGAAUGCCAUGGCACUGGGACAUCAGUCGGUGACCCAAUUGAAGCAAAUGCUGUUGCGCGCGUAUUUGGAGACUCUGGUGUUUAUAUUGGAUCGGUCAAGCCAAACCUUGGACAUUCCGAAGGUGCUUCGGGACUCACGGCCCUCAUUAAGGCUGUUCUGACCCUAGAAAACCAAAAGAUUCCACCAAAUAUCAAAUUCUCGAGCCCAAACCCAAAGAUCCCGUUUAAAGAAAGGAAGCUUGUUGUUCCACUGGAGCCGACUCCAUGGCCCGAGGCUUGCUACGAACGAGUCAGCGUCAACUCCUUUGGCAUCGGAGGAUCAAACGCGCAUGUCAUUCUUGAUUCGGCACGCAGCUUCAACAUUCACGAAAGGAGCUCUAAGACGAACGAUCAAUACGAGCCCAACAAGUCACACUUGCUCCUAUUAUCUGCUAAUUCCGCAGCCUCGUUGGCGGUUAUGACCAAUAAUUUCCGGGACUGGGUUGGCCAGAACCCCGAGAGCCUUGAAGAUCUUGCUUACACUCUCGCCCAUCGAAGAGAACGCUUGUCACACCGAUCUUAUUUAGUCGCCAGCGCUGACGGGUCAUUCGGGGCUGUUAGCCAGGGUCUUAAGGUACCCACCACGUCUCCGAACCUGGUCAUGGUGUUUACAGGUCAGGGUGCGCAAUGGCCACGAAUGGGUCGCCAACUUCUACUUCGCUCCGACCUUUGUUUCCAGAGCAGUAUUCGGGUCCUUGACGAAUAUCUCCGAGGUGCCCCUGACGCUCCGACCUGGACUUUGGAAGAAGAACUUCUUAAACCAGCAAGAACUUCUAGAGUCCAAACCGCAGAGCUAUCGCAGCCACUUUGCACGGCUGUCCAGAUAGCCUUGGUUGACCUUCUCGCCGUUGUUGGUGUGAAGCCUUCCGCAGUGGUCGGUCACAGCAGUGGUGAGAUUGCGGCCGCUUAUGCUUCUGGGGCUCUCACUGCGAAGGAAGCCAUCAUAUCUGCAUGGCAGAGAGGAAUCGCCGCUAAGAAGCAGACAAGACCGGGUGCCAUGGCUGCCAUUGGACUGGGCUGGGAUGAAGUGAGCAGCUUCUUGACGCCACCCAAGGUCGUGGUUGCAUGUGAGAAUUCACCGAGGAGCGUUACCUUGUCGGGAGAUACUGAAGUAGUGCAAUCUACUAUCUCCCGUAUCAAGGAAGCCCACCCCGACGUGACAGCAAAACUGCUAAAGGUCGAAAAAGCUUACCAUUCAUAUCAUAUGCGAGAGGUUGGGGAUGAAUACGUCGAAGCCUUGCGCCAUGAUGUUCAGGGCAAGCCACCAUCGGUGCCAUUCUUUUCUUCUGUCUCUGGCACAGGAAGGCCUGAACAGGAUUCUUUGGACGCAAAGUAUUGGCAGAGAAACCUUGAGUCACCCGUCCUUUUCAAGACGGCAAUUGCCGCCGUCCUCGACCAGAUCGAGAAUGUCACCUUUUUGGAGAUUGGGCCACAUCCAGCGCUCGCAGGGCCCGUAAGGCAAAUCAUGACACAAGCUUCGCGCUCGGCACCCUACGUAGGAGUCAUGGAGCGUGGUGCGGACUGCGUUGGCUCCUUUUUGACGGCUCUUGGAAAGCUGUUUGAGCUAAACGUCUCGGUCAACUUCACAAAGCUCAUUCCCAGGGGAACCUGUCUUCCCGACCUCCCGCGUUACCCAUGGGACCACAAAUCUAACUACUGGCGCGAAUCCAGAAUUUCUCAGGAAUGGAGAGAUCGCGAGUUUCCAGCGCAUCCUCUUCUCGGCGUACGUCAGCUUGAGAGCACCACCCUCGAGCCAAGUUUCCGAAACAUGCUGCUUAUCGAAAACGCGAGCUGGCUUCGGGACCAUAAAAUUGAGGAUAAUGUUAUUUUCCCCUGUGCCGGCUAUGUUGCGAUGGUCGGUGAAGGAAUCCGACAGAUUAGUGGAUCGCAAGCCUCCUUUACAUUGCGAAAUAUCGUGCUUAGCUCGGCCCUCGUGUUAUCAGAGGAUGCACCUACUGAGCUAGUCACUACCUUCCGUCCAGUCCGCCUCACAGAUUCAAUGGAUAGCGGGUGGUGGGACUUCACGGUUGCUUCUCACAACGGAAACAUCUGGAUGAAGCACUGCACAGGACAGGUUGCAUCUGAGAAGAUAGAGCCCGUGCAUAAGCCAGAUGAAGGGCUGCUCCCUAGGAAGGUACAGCGGCGAAAGUACUACGAUAUUCUCUCUCGGGCAGGUAUUGGUUACGGACCACACUUCCAGCGCCUUGAAGACAUUCGAACCGGGACAGUUGACAAUCGUGCGGUUGCUCACUUGACAAGCGACGUCUGUGGGGACGAAGAACAUUACCACAUUCAUCCGACCGUCAUUGACGCUUGCAUUCAAUCGGGCCCCCUCGCAGCUACUAGAGGCCGUGUUGAAGCAAAGCAUUACCGACGAGUUCCAACUAAGAUCGACAGGGUGACUGUGCAUCGCUGCGCCUCGGUUGCUGAUAUCAAGGUCGCCGCAUCGGCUGUCUUCAUAAAGGGCAGUGGUGACGUUGUUAGCCGUGUACAAUGCAUAUCAAAUGGAGACAUCGUGCUGGACAUGGAGGGUGCGAAACUGUCGCCCUUGGAAGAGGCCGAGGAACUGGGAACGGACAAGCCCAUGACAUCGGCGCGUCUCACGUGGGGACCACACAUCGACUUCCUGGACGCCACUCGUCUCAUCAAGCCUGAAAUCCCCAGGCGUCUUUAUACCCCAACUCUUGACAAGCUUACCCGCCUGUGUCUGGUAUAUGCGGAACGUCGCAUUGAGAGGGCCCAAACUACUCUCCCCCAUAUGGCCAAGUAUAUGGAUUGGAUCACACGCGAGGUCCGCCGCUAUGGAGACCACUCAUUAAUUCUUCCACUGGAUGACCGAUCCAUUAAAAUGCAAAUUUCCAGCUUGGUGCAAGACAUGACUGGGACGCCAGUGGAAGACUGUGCUACUGCUAUCCAGAAAGUAGUCAACAACAUCGAAGGCCUGUUCUCUGGCCAGACAGAUGCCCUCGAAUUGUUGCUGGCCGACAAUACUCUCACAAAGCUGUACAUUGCCACGGACGCUAUGGACCGAUCCCAAUUCAUCCGCCAUCUGGCCCACAGCAAGCCUAAUCUUCGCAUUCUCGAGAUUGGCGCAGGCACAGGUGCAUCCACAUCCAGUAUGUUGAAGCAUCUAGUUUUGCCCACUGGACAGCUUCUGUACUCCAAGUACGCGUUCACCGACAUUUCCUCCGCAUUUUUCGUCUCCGCAAAGGAUCACUUCAAGGACUAUCGGAAUAUUGAGUACCGUGUUCUGGACAUCAGCCAGGAUCCUGCCGAGCAAGGAUUUGAAGACGACAAAUUUGACCUUAUAAUCGCCACCAAUGUCCUUCACGCCACUAGAAGUCUGAAUGAGACCCUGAGGAAUGUGCACCACCUGCUUGGCCCUGGCGGCAGGCUGCUUCUCCAUGAGCUUGACUCUGCCUCCAAAUGGCCUAAUUUCAUUUUUGGUACUCUACCAGGUUGGUGGUAUGGCGGACCAGACGGACGUCCAGAUGAACCCUACAUAACCCCAACUCGAUGGGAGUCGGAGCUCAGAGAUGCGGGUUUUAAUGGGCUGGAUGCGGUCGUGCUUGAUGCCGAGGAAGGAUAUCAACUAAAUGCAACCAUGGUUGCAAGCCCGCAAGCUGAGAGAAAGCGAGUCAACAUGACAAUCUCCGUUUUGUGUGAUGAGUUCGGUACCCAUCUGAUUCCCCUCUGCAGAGCUCUAGAGGCUCGAGGUUUCAUAGUACAGCCGUAUCGACUUGGCCAAGAACUGCCGGCAGGUCAAGAUGUCAUUUCUCUUCUUGAUGGUGCACAGCCCUUCUUCAAAGAUAUUGAUGAAUCCCGUUUCACAGCCUUCCAGCGGAUAUUGGACAACCUUGGACAAUCUGCGCUGUUCUGGGUGACAAAGCCAUGUCAAAUCCAGUGUCGUGAACCCGACUAUGCCCAGGUAAUUGGCACCGCUCGUACGAUCCGUACCGAGAUGCUGUUGGACUUUGCCACGUGCGAGGUGGACCACCUUGGCUCUUCCUUAGAGAAAGUGGUUGAUGUAUUUUCAAAAUUUCAGACCAGAGUGGAGGAUGAGACUUUCAAGCCCGAACACGAGUAUGCCAUUUGCGAUGGCACCAUUAACGUCGGCAGAAUCUACCCCUUCUCUUUGCAGGACGAACUUUCGUCAGCAACCAUUUCGGAGGAACGGAUCGGCCUAGACAUGGGCAAGCCAGGACGUCUUAACACACUGAAAUGGGCCCCGCGAGAGCAAAAGGCACUCCAUAACGAUGACGUAGAGGUGCAAGUUCACGCAGCGGGCCUGAACUUUAAGGACGUCUUGGGCUCUUUGGCGGUUGUCCCCUACCCCCAAGAUGGCCUUGGUAUCGAGUCUAGUGGCAUUGUGUGUCGUGUUGGUCCCGAGGUCGUCAAUCUUCGGAUAGGCGACCGGGUCAUGCUCUUAGGCAAUGGCUCCUUCGGGUCACACGUUGUCACUCCAGAGAGGCUCUGCACCAAGAUUCCCGCCAACCUCAGCUUUGAGGAUGCUGCAACUAUGCCAGGUGUAUUUGCCACUGCAGUUUGCUCGCUGUUUCAUAUUGGCAAGCUGCAAAAGGGACAGUCCGUGCUCAUUCACAGUGCCUGUGGCGGUGUCGGUCUGGCUGCUAUACAACUUGCUCGCAUGGCUGGAGCUGAGAUUUAUGCAACCGUUGGGAGCGAAGAGAAGAUUAACCAUCUUGUCGAAACCUUUGGUCUUCCGAGAAACCGAAUUUUCCACUCAAGAGACACUAGCUUUGUGGAAGGAAUCAUGCGGGAAACAAACGGUGAAGGCGUGGUUCUCGCUCUGAAUUCUCUAUCUGGGGAGCUCUUACAUGCCACUUGGCGUUGUGUUGCCGAGUUUGGAACGCUGGUUGAGAUCGGAAAGCGUGACUUCCUCGGCGCUGGCAAACUCGACAUGGAUGUUUUCCUCGGCAGCCGGACCUACGCCUGCUUCUAUCUUGAUGCACUCAUGGCUAGAAGACAAUCCAAAGUUAAGGAGCUUCUCCAGGAAGUUGUGUGGUACCUUCAGGGUGGUCACAUCACACCCAUCAGGCCGAAAAAAGCCUUCAAUGCCUCGCAGGUCGAAGACGCAUUCCGCUACAUGCAACAGGGCCUGCACCUGGGAAAGAUUGUUAUCUCAAUCAGAAACACUGAUGGCGACCUGAAAAUCGACACUGCCUCUGUCAAGGUAACAAAAGAGCUAAAUCUAGACAGUGGCGCAUCUUAUCUUCUCGUCGGUGGCCUUGGUGGCCUUGGAAGAGCAGUGGCGAGGCACUUGGUCGAACGUAACGCACGCCGAGUGGUAUUCCUCUCAAGAAGCGCUGGAAAUGGCCCAGAAGACCCUGACACCAUCAAAGAGCUUGAAAGCAUGGGCUGUGAGAUUCGUCUCGUCAAGGGAAGUGUUCUGCAGGAAGAGGAUGUGGCCCGGGCUCUGGAGCAAGCUCCGAAUCUGAAAGGAAUCGUUCAAUGCUCCAUGGUUCUUCGUGACGAGAACUUUAGUCGUAUGAGCAUAGACGAGUGGAGAACUGCAGUGGCACCCAAGGUCCAAGGGACAUGGAAUCUCCACCAUGCUACACUUGCUGCUGGGAUCCAACUCGAUUUCUUUAUAUUGUUCUCGUCCAUGUCUGGAGUAACUGGACAGGCCGGUCAGUCAAACUACGCCGGAGCGAACACCUUCCUGGAUUCCUUUGUCCAGUACAGAACAACCCUAGGUCUGGCGGCGUCCUCCCUAGAUAUUGGAGCCGUGCAGGACGUUGGCUACGUUUCGCAAGACGAUGCCCUUCUGAAGAGGAUGAAGCUUGCAAGUGCGCAUGGAAUCACCGAGUCUGAACUAAUGGAAGCUGUCAGCGCAGCUGCUCUCUUCCCUGCGACUUCUCCUACUAGCUGCGACACCCUUGCCGAGCAGUUUGCUGACAAGAACACCAUUGCACUAGGUUUAUCGACAGCAAUUCCCCUGAGCAGCUCUGAAAGUCGUGCGUUCUGGAGGAAGGACGUGAGAAUGGCCGCCUACCAUAACUCUUCCAAGGUCAGUGUGGGCACUUCCGGCUCGAACAGUGACAAUCUCAAGUCUUUCCUUGCCCAAGCCAAAAAAGAUACGAGUAUUCUCAGUAGUGAGGAAGCGAUAACAUUCCUUGCUCAAGAAAUAGGCAAGAAGCUGUUUGUCUUCCUUCUGAAGCUCCCGGAGGACCUGGAUACGUCUGCGUCCCUUGCCCAAUUAGGAAUGGACUCCUUGGUUGGCGUCGAGAUGCGCAGUUGGUGGAGACAGGCAUUCGGGUUUGAUAUUAGCGUGCUUGAGUUGCUGGGUACUGGAAAUCUGAAUGGGUUGGGUAGGCAUGCGGCGGAAGGAAUCCUGAAGACACUGGGUGAAGAGCAUGCGUAA